AGAUUUCUUGGAGAGUUAAAAAAGAAAGUGACCAACAAGGCACACUUUGAGGCAUCAAUUUGUCAAGCGUAUCUUCAACAAGAAAUCUCAACGUUCUCAUCUUUUUAUUUUGAGCGUGAAGUCAUCACUAGAAGAAAGAGACCUGCCCGGAACGAUGACAUUGACGAGGAUCAAUACGAAAAUGUAGUUUCCCUUUUCAAUUACCCAGGUAGAGGUAAAGGAGCUGCAACAAACCGAUACGUCGUGGGUGGAGAUUUACAAAUUGCGCAUACUUAUAUCCUCAUGAAUUGUCCAGAAAUCUUACCGUUUUACCAUGAAUUUAGAGCGGAGUUCUCAGCAUUCCCUGAUAAUGAAAUUGAUGCAAUGGUGGACUCUAAUUUUGUACCGUGGUACAAGUAUCAGCAAAUGGGUCGAUCCAACACGUGGUGUGAGAAAAAGUUCAAAGUAUAAUAUGAUUGACGUCAACCACUCUCGCGUGUAUAGGAAAAAUGAGCCUUUUAUACUCGCUCAACAAGCAGCCCAAGUUUAUUAGGCAGAAUACCCUUCAACCAGGCUGACACAGAAUCCUUGGGUGUGUGCAUGUCCAGUCCGUCCGAGCAAAAUUGUAUCACAAACUCAACACAAGGACGUUGAUUUAGAUGCUUUUUAGCAACAAUUUUGCCAACCUCCGCCUAUUGUUGAGACGGUCAACCAUCACAUUCAGUUAAGUGAUCCAAAUGACGGAAGUGUUGAAGUCAUGCCAGAAACGCACCUUCCGGACCUAACAACUCCAUCCGAAAUGCAUGAAGAACAACAAAAAUGCUCAAUAUCAGGAAGAAGGAGAAUGGAUAGACGGUUCUGAUACAGAAGAAGAUGUUGUAUAUGUACAAAAUAACGAUUCUGAUAGUGACUAAUUGUGUUGCUG